CACAGCGAGGAGAUUGAGAGUUGUGCGGAACUGGAUGUGAAACAAGAGGGAAGUGACGUGUUGAAGCAAUCCGCAUCGUCAUGGCUUAACGACCAGCUGGAAGCGAAUCUGAAAGAAAUGUGUUGCUUUGUGCAUUAUUUGGGAUGGAAUGCUCGAUACGACGUUUGGGCUGAAACGGCGAAAAUUAAAAUUUUAGAAAAAGAUCAAGAGGUGUCCGAGAAGGCAUUCUUGUCAUUCGUACCAGAUAAGGUUGGUGCUGCCACACUGGACGCUGCUUUUGCAUGGCGAUCGAGUGCCGUGGAUGCAACACUUCCCACAGAGGCGCUCAGCUGUGGUGAUGUUCUUGGAUAUACGUCGUUCAGUCGUCGUUGCCUAUCCACUUCCCAGAACGAUCAGCAGCAGCAGCAACAACACCAGCAACAGCAACGUUGUUCGUCUGGUACAACUGCCGAACCAUCGGGUGGACUUGAAGCAUUUUCGACGACGUCUAGCCUCGUUUCUGGUUCGUCUCAGUUGUACACAUCAACCGAACAACAGCAGCACCACCACCAGCAGCAGCAGCAACAACAAGCACCGAUUCAGUCAGCAACCGCUAUCCCAAUACCAACCGCACAACUGAGUGCCUCAUCGAUUUGCUCAACGUCGUCCUGUUCCGUUCAGCAUCGCUCACGUACCGCUUCGAUGGAGUCGAAUAAGUCCGAAAAACGUUACUCGAAACGACAACUCCAGCGAAACCUAUCCAGCAAUGCACUAGCAUCGAACAACGAGCAACAGCAAGCAGUGUCUUCGUCUUCGUCAACAAUCGAGAUGUCCAACCAAAUGAUAUCUGAGCGAUCUGUGCCGUUGAAUGCAUCUGAUACGACAACAAAAGUAGCAACGAAAGCGAUACCUCCUCCUCCUCCUGCUCCUCCGUCAACUUGCUCUAACUCAUCUGCUGCUGAUCAUCCCGGUCAAACUGUAAUCAAACUGAAGCCAUCUGAAGAAAUGAUUCCCUCACCAACAAUCACAGCAGCAACAACAACAACAGUUAAUGAUAUUCUCUCACAGACAUCGGCUCUUCACACAGCGAAUGCUGCUUCGUUCAGUGUCAACGAUACAGCGAUAACUUCGGCGAAUGUUGUUCUUCCACCGGCCACCUUUCCAACCACACCACAAACCACAACCACCACCAUUAUCAUAACAACUGCCCCAACCACUGUCGUACCGAACACAACAUCGAUUCCGUUCGUUAUGCUUUCGGCGCCAGAUGCAGUGGAACUGAAACCGGAUCAGCCGGUGUUGUCCGGUUUCGUACAAGCACAAGCGCAAAUCAUUCCAUCUUCGUCCAGCCUACAGCAGUCUCUGUCGUUUAUUGGAAUGCCGUCAACAAGUAGUGUCGUACCAAUGUCGUUGAUAUCUUAUCAGAAUGUUGCACCGGUUACGUCGUCCUCAUCCUCAGCUCCAGCUCCAGCUCCAUCAACGAGCACAACAUCUUCAUCAAUAGACUUUAGUCAGAUUACUCCUCAUUUCUCCACAACAACAACAGCAGCAGCAACACCAAUCUCUCAAACAACAACUCCAACAUCCACUGCAAAACCUAAGCAGACUACGACGGCGUUCAGUCGACAACAACAGUCGCCAGCGAGUGAAGUUAAUACUGGACAAGUGAAACCAGUGACGCCUUCAAAAUCAAAAAAAUCACUUGGGGUUUGA